CAACUAUCUUGCCACAGCAACACAGUCAUCGCAAGGUAGUGAUAUGGCCUGCAGGCCUGCAGGCUGCACUACUGCUGGAUGGCUUAUUGCCUUGUGAUAAAAAGCAAGGCCAUUUUCGUCUUUGGAGUGCAAACGAAAAGUUUCUCAUGCUCUUGCGUGGAAUGUUUUCGAUAAUGCGACCGUAUUUGCAAAACAUGGUCAAGUUCCUCAGAUUUUACGGAAAAG